AUGACGCAUGCUCUCCCUUCAGAAAAGGCCGUUCAAAAGGACGUGGGUGGUGGUAGUAGGGGCAGUAACUCCCGCCUGAAGAAUUCAUGGGUUCGUCUCAAGCGCGACUCGGUGCCAUAUGCCUCUCACUACUGUGAGGAAAACACAUAUAAGCUUAUUGAGGCCUUAUAUUGCGAGCACGCACUUCCCGAUGACAGUGUUUUUGCCGUCUUUGUGAGCAACAAGCGCAAGGCGGUGCCUGUGUGGAUGCAGCGUCUCGGCGGCGCGGAAGGGCGGGAUCCGGUUCUGUGGGACUACCAUGUCAUUGCCCUCACGCUGGACACAGCGGGCAACUGGUGGGUGUGGGACUAUGACACUCUCCUACAGUUUCCUUACCCAGCGAAAGGCUAUGUAUCGGCGUCCUUUCGACCGGAGAUGCAGAUAAGUGAAGCCUAUAGGCAAAGGUUUCGCGUCGUCCCUGGACGUACAUACCUGGCGAGGUUUUCGUCGGAUCGUUCACACAUGGCGGCAUCGGGCAUUCCUUCCCCGCCGUGGCCCAUUAUUCAGGGCCCUUUGGCUGCCACGACUAUGCAACUUCCUUGCUAUUGGAAUAUGUAUACAGAAGAUGACGACAACAAGGGCGUUGAUGGGUUAGUGUCGGAUUGUUAUGGGAGUGUGAUGAACAUUAGGCAGUUGAUGGAGUUCAUAUCAAACAAAUAA